GAACGGACAGGCAGGAGAUAGGCAGGACACACUGUGGUUUAGACACGGGGCUAAAAAGGAAGUGCAACAAAAAAGAAGAACUAACGACUGAUGCAGAGUGCAGAGAACAGACAAAGACGUACAGAUCCAUACAGAAACAUGGAGAAGAUUUCUUUUAUCGCAAUUUUACUUCUUGGGGCCUUAUGGGAGACUGCAGCGAUGUCCGUAACGGAAGUGUCGGGAAAGAAGAUAACGAUAAUAUGCUCUCAUACCUACGCAACUUCGAACGUCAAAUAUUUCUGCAAAGGAGCGUGUAACGAUGCAGACAUCCUAAUAACUAGCAGGACAACAGAUCACUCUAACAAAUACAGCCUCAAAGAUGAAGGAAACACGUUCUCUGUGACCAUAUCUGAUCUGACAGUGGCCGACUCAGGAACUUACUGGUGUGGAAUAGAGAGGGUUGGUGUGGACACGUACAAUCAAGUGGUCCUCACAGUUACAGCAGAUCCAAACAUGUUAAAUGAGACAAUCAAUACACAGUCCUCAAAGAAGAUGGUGUAUAUUGGAGCAGGUCUUGCGGUGAUCGUGCUCGCUCUGGCAAUUUUUCUUAUAAUAUUCUUCAAAUAUCGAAACAGAGAUGUCACUUCAUCCAAAGGAAAGAUCCAGGACACAGUCUACGCAACACAGUCCAAUAAGAAACAAGAUGGACACGUCACUACUUCGUCUACAGUUGCCAAAGAGGCUCAAAAAACAGGUCAUACCAGCAGAGGUCUCACGGAUAAUAUUUACUCCAGCGUUAACGUUUCCUCCGAGCCUCAGGUCCAAUCAGACGGCCUCUUUUACUCCACCAUUAGCUUCAAGAGGAAUGCUGACUGCAGACCUGUGACACCCCGCACUGAAGGAGUGACAUACUCCACCAUUGAAUGCAAAUCUACAGACACAUCCAAACACGUCAAUAGCACUAUAGAAGCUGCACUGACGAUGGGAGUAUCAAUAGUCAUCAUCUGCAUUGUUACAGGUAGUGCGAGUUUAAUGUGUGUGUCGGGACGUGAAAGACCUGAGGUAAAAUGUAACAACUCACCAGUGAAGCUCACAGCGCAUCCUGGACGCUCUGUUACCAUCCAGUGCAAGUUUUCAAGAGCAGACACAAUCAAUGCUAGACACUUCUGCAGAGAAGUUGAAAAAUCUGAUUCUGAUUGCACAGAUCUGAUAUCAGCUAAAACUGCAGAAGUCACAAGAAAAGACAGAUAUUCUCUGACCCACUACAAACUGACAGGAGUGUACACUGUGGUUAUUUCUGAUCUGACCCUGGAAGAUGAUGGAAGAUACCGCUGUGAGGUGCAGAGAGCAGAGGACAAUGUAUGUUUAACAAUGAUCCAGCUGCAGAUUGUAGACUGGGAUGAUAUCACUUCAACGAAAAAAACAGAAGCCUCAGGGCAAAGUGUCCACAUCGUCUGCCACUAUCCAAAGUCGCAUGAGAAGAAUGAAAAAUUCCUGUGCAAGGGGAAGACUCCGUUCAGCUGUGAGAAGCUGAUUCAGACAACAAAUCAGGAAAGAAAUGUGGAAAAAGACAGGUUUAAAAUAAGAGACAACCAAAGAUUGAAUUACUUCUCCGUGAACAUCAGAUUUCUGAGCACAGACGACUCUGGAACAUACUGGUGCGGCUCUGACACGACAUGGCAGCAGGCUGAAUUCAACAAAACCCUCCUUACUGUGGUUGAUAAAAAACACAUCAAACCCGAAAGAUCAGUGCAUUCUACUUUUGACGAUGAUGAUUCAUAUUCAGAAGAGACUGAUAACUACGAAAAUGCCUCUUCAGGCAAAGAUGCAGUUUGGAUUGGCAUUGGGGUGGGGGGUCUGGUGUUGUUACUGGUACUCUUGGUUGCACUUGUACUGGCCAGACAUAAACUCCCCAGGUCACAAGUUUGUUGUCCUGCAGGGCGAUCUUCAGUGCAGGUGACAAAUGGGGGACAGAACACAGAGGGAAAUCAAGGGGAGCCCGACUAUGCAGAGAUACAGGACCAGCAGGCGAGCUCAGGACACGUACUGCGUACCGUUUAUGCCACCGUCAACCCACCCGCAGACCAGCUCCACUACGCCACCGUCAACACCCACAAGGACUCUCUCAGUGUCUGCACAGGCAAAGACGCACUUCCUGACACAAAUAUAAAUCACUGUGACUACUCAUCUGUCAUGACUCAGAGUCCUGUUCACCCUCCAGGAACAGAGCGGAUCGUCUACUCCACAGUGUCAAUGCCAGGGGAACCAUAAGACAGACUGCCCACAUGUUUUAUAUAUUGUCCAUACGCCAAGAACCCAGUAGAUUAACCACUCCAACACUUGCCACAGAAUGCCACAAAAUCUAAAAAUACUCCUCGGUGAAACAGAGCUUUGUUCUCACAACUUUGAUUAAGUCUUGACACCAAGAGGUAAACAAACAAGUGAAAUUGGGCCUACAGCUAUGCAGUGCAAAUAAAAAACCCAUCUUCAUACACAUAACGCUCUGUCGAGAUACUAAAUAAGAGGAAAUCUGUAAAGACUGUAUAGAAAAAGAAGUGUAAUGCCUUCAAGGCUGUGCUGUAGGUCAUUGCCCACACUAUCUGAAGCGUUGCUUCAUAUUCUUGUAUGGGGCGCUGUUGCUCACCCUAAAAAUCAGAGCAGCAUUUCUCUGCAUUAAGCUCUACAAGAUUACUAAAUAUUGGUGUGGAUUUUAAAGGGUUUUAAGAGAGGUCAAAAAACUCCAGCAACACUUGUAGUAUGACGAUCUCUAUUCAAACCUUUCACUCUCUGUGCACCACUGGAUAGUUGGUGAAGUUAAGCCAGACAACCCUACUCUGCUUCUCCAGUGCUUUGCUUUUCUGAGACUCACUUACCAUGGAAGACCAACACAUAAGAAGAUACCUCAAAGGUCUAAAAAAUAUGAUUGAUCUCAUACUGAAGGUGUUGCUGGAGCUUUUUGACCUCUUCAAGCCUUUCACUCUCUAGUUCUGCCAGAAAACUCUACAUUCAAUAUUAAUUGUUUCCAAAAUGCUCCAAACAAUCUACAAACAAAAGCACUCAACUAGGCACCAAUUACCAAACAAAACUUUCUUAGCUAGAAGUCACGGCACAAAUGGGCAUAAGGCGGACGGCCCCCUAAUUUGUUAUAACCUGGCUCUAUAGGCCAUGAAAAUAUGGGAAGGACAUAAUGUGUGUCAGUCAGUAAAGUGUAAAUGUUGAUGUAUAACAUACUCAAGAGUACAGACAAUGCUCCCCUCAACAGUACUGUCACUAAUAAAUACAACUUUUAAGUUUGGUCAAAAAGUAGAGGCACUGUUGAGCCUUUGCAAAUCUUACAUUUGUAUUAACACUUAAUGUCACUUUGCUGUCAAUAGUUGUGACAGAUAUUUAUACUCCUGUACAAUUUCUAUUGCUGUGUCGUUCAUAAUAACAGGGAAGAGAGAUAAAUGUCUUCUAAAAUCAGUAAUCAUAUCUUUAGCUUUCUUUAGCUGUAGUCGCACAGGAUUAGAAUUACCUGGAGACCUUUGGUAAUUUGGGAAAUACUCCUCAACAUCAGUGUUUGUUGCUCUGUUAUUUACUGACAUGUCUGAUUGAAAACGUUUAGGCACUGCAAAAGUACCGCCGCAAAUUACUGAGAUGUCGAUUCGGACGGGAUUACUAUUUGUGAAUAUGUACUUUACAAAUAACAGACAUUACAGACAAUUUUUUAAUAACUUCUGAUUUGAUUUUAUGAAGGUUAAGUAAUAUUCACAAUAAGGAGCGUAGCUGACUUGACUGACAGGUGGGCGCAGGGUAACGGUUUGUCAAGAGGCUUUAAAACCUGCCUCAGCCUGUCGUUAGGCUGACUGAAAGUUAGGCUGAGACAGCAUUUCCUGCAUGGCGGCGACCGCCAUCAAUGACCCUCCAGAGCCUCCUGCAGUAACAGAUGAGUGACAUCACUCAGGCUUCAUCUGUUAAUACUUACAGUCUGCAUAUGACGAGUUCUUUAACGAGCCUGUGGAUACACUUAUAUCAGGUAUACAUUUCUCUGUGUGUUUUGGGAAAAUUAUAUUCAUUUAAUUUACUAUAUAUUCAUAUAUUAACAUUCUGUAAAGUGUGUUCAUGUAUUAACAUACUGUAAUAAUAUACUACUAAUAAAAACAUCACAAAGA